AUGACGCUCACAAAGAAUAUGCGCCUUGAUCAAUGCGAUCCAGAAAACAUAGCUUUCGCCGAAUUCUUACUUGAGGUUGGAUCAAAACCAGAAGAAAAAGUCAAACUCUCUUCAUCAGUAGAUAGAUGCAAGGACGUGAAAGAGUUGAUAUCGAAACUGUACCCCUCUUUAGGGACAUCUAAUCAAGUAUCACCUGAAGAGUUAACCGAGAGAAUCAUCUUAUCAGCACGUAACGAUGAUGUUAACGAUAUUAACAUGGAGGCAAUGAAUAUUUUGGAUGGAGAGACAUUCACUUAUUUAGCCGCAGAAAGAUUACAUCCCGACGAAAGCGGCAUUAUCCCAAAUUACAGCAACGAAUUUCUCCAGAAUUUAAAUCUACCAGGAAUGCCCUUAUUCAGGCUAAAUCUUAAAAUUGGAUGCCCAAUUAUUUUGAUGAGAAAUCUGUCUCCAUCCGAGGGUAUUUGUAAUGGUACCAGACUAUUGGUUACGAAAUGUGGUAAACACGUACUACAGGCGAAAAUUCUAACAGAACACAAAGCAGGAGAGACAGUAUUGUUACCAAGGAUAUCGUUUCAACCAUCGGUUUCAGAAUUGAACAUAAACAUGACAAGGCGUCAAUUUCCAGCCAGGGUAGCAUAUGCAAUGACAAUUAAUAAAUCACAAGGACAAUCUGUUAAGUACGUCAGCAUAGAUUUAAAAACUCCUGUGUUCAGCCAUGGCCAGCUUUACGUGGCUUUAUCAAGAUGCACUGCUGCCAAUAGAAUAAUAGUACUUCUCGAAGACAAGGCCGAAGAACCUGAAACAACUAACAUAGUAUUUCCAGAAGUUCUACUAUAA